AUGGAUCAAUUACCUAAAUUUGGAUCAAAUGAAGAUGUUAGAAAUAAAGGAUUAUAAGCUAUUUUUAUGAAAUUUAAAGAAUGUGAUUAAGAUAAAGCGGACAUAGUAAAAAUUAGUGUUAAUUUAGAAGAAAAAAUAGCACAUAAAAAUUCUUAAGUUGAAGUAUAUAAAAAAAAUAUUAAGGAAGUUUUAGGAAUGCUUUCUAAUUAUUAAGUUAUAUAAGAAGUUUUAAAAGGAAUUUUAUAAGAAAAAAUAAGUAUAAAGGAUGUUGCGGAAUGUAAAUCUUCUGUUUUUAUGCUAUAGAAAGAAAAAGAAGAAAAUUUAUAGCAAUUAUAAACUGAAUUUGAAGUAUUAGAUCCAGAAUUUUAUAAUAAAUUAAGAAGAAAAAACUUAGUUGGCUUAGAAGGAGAGAAAUGUAGAAAUUGUAAAAAAUUAACAGCUUUUUUAGUAAAAGAAUUGUAAACAAGAGCAGCUGAUGAACCUAUGACAAGAUUUAUGGAAUGUAAUAGUUGUAAAAAAAAAUGGAAAGAAUGA